AAAAAAAAAAAAAGACAGUUUCUUCCUGAAUUCACCGGCAUAGUGACUGAAGAGAGCUCUAGACAGGACAUGGCUCUGAAGACUCACUCCUUGGAAUGUUCUCUUGCUCCCGGCUUAUAAACAACUGUCCUGGGGAAAGGCAGGUUUUACGUAUCCAAAUACAGCCUGACAAAUGGCACUUUGGAACUGUGCUUUCUGAUGACAACGCGUUCGGUUUCUGACAAAGCCUCUCUCGCACGCUGCCCCUGGAGGGGAGUCCUAAGUAAAACUCACCCCGCCUGAAAGUGAGGCUCGCUGGCGGCAGGCAGGCAGCAUGGCAUCUGCCGGGUACCUCAUCACCUGGCUCCUGUGGGGCUACUUGCUGGAGCUCUGGACAGGUCACACAGCUGACACCCCGCACCCCCGCUUACGCCUGUCACAUAAAGAGCUCUUGGAUCUAAACAGAACGUCAGUCUUUCAUAGCCCUUUUGGAUUUCUUGAUCUCCAGACAAUGCUGCUGGAUGAAUAUCAAGAGAGACUCUUCGUGGGAGGCAAGGAUCUUGUGUAUUCCUUCAGCUUAGAACACAUCAGCAGUGACUAUAGAGAGAUACACUGGCCAAGUACAGCAGUAAAAACAGAAGAAUGCAUAAUGAAAGGAAAAGAUGCCAGUGAGUGUGCAAAUUAUGUUCGGGUUUUGCAUCACUAUAAUAGGACACACCUUCUGACUUGCGGUACUGGAGCUUUUGACCCCCUCUGUGCCUUCAUCAGAGUUGGAUACCAUUUAGAGGAUCCCCUUUUUCACCUGGAAUCGCACAGAUCUGAGAGAGGAAGGGGCAGAUGUCCUUUUGAUGCCAGCUCCUCAUUCAUCUCCACUUUAAUUGGUAGUGAAUUGUUUGCUGGACUCUACAGUGACUACUGGGGCAGAGACGCUGCCAUUUUCAGGAGCCUGGGUCGACUGGCUCAUAUCCGCACUGAGCACGAUGACGAGCGCUUGUUGAAAGAACCAAAAUUUGUAGGUUCGUACAUGAUCCCUGACAAUGAAGACCGAGACGACAACAAAGUGUAUUUCUUUUUUACGGAGAAGGCCUUGGAGGCAGAAAACAACGUCCAGGCAAUUUACACCAGAGUGGGGCGACUGUGCGUGAAUGAUGUAGGAGGACAGAGAAUACUAGUGAACAAAUGGAGCACUUUCCUGAAAGCUAGACUGGUUUGCUCAGUACCAGGAAUGAAUGGAAUUGAUACAUAUUUUGAUGAAUUAGAGGAUGUUUUUUUGCUGCAUACCAGAGAUCAUAAGAACCCAGUGAUAUUUGGACUCUUCAACACUACCAGUAAUAUAUUUAGAGGGCAUGCUAUAUGUGUCUAUCACAUGUCCAGUAUCCGGGCAGCCUUUAAUGGACCAUAUGCACAUAAGGAAGGACCUGAAUACCACUGGUCACUCUAUGAAGGAAAAGUCCCUUAUCCAAGACCUGGUUCUUGUGCCAGCAAAGUGAAUGGAGGGAGGUAUGGAACCACCAAAGACUACCCCGAUGAUGCCAUCAGAUUUGCAAGAAGCCAUCCACUUAUGUACCAGCCCAUAAAACCUGCCCAUAAAAAACCAAUACUGGUGAAAACAGAUGGAAAGUAUAACCUGAAACAAAUAGCAGUGGAUCGAGUGGAAGCUGAGGAUGGCCAAUAUGAUGUCCUGUUCAUUGGGACAGAUAAUGGAAUCGUGCUCAAAGUAAUCACGAUUUAUAACCAAGAAACAGAAUCAAUGGAAGAAGUAAUUCUAGAAGAACUUCAGAUAUUCAAGGAUCCAGUUCCUAUUAUUUCUAUGGAGAUUUCAUCAAAGAGACAACAGCUCUAUAUUGGAUCUGCUUCUGCCGUGGCCCAAGUCAGAUUCCAUCAGUGUGACAUGUAUGGAAGUGCUUGUGCAGACUGCUGCCUGGCUCGAGACCCUUACUGCGCCUGGGAUGGCAUAUCCUGCUCCCGGUAUUACCCAACAGGCACACAUGCAAAACGGCGGUUCCGCAGACAAGAUAUUCGGCAUGGAAAUGCAGCUCAGCAGUGCUUUGGACAGCAGUUUGUCGGGGAUGUUUUGGAUAAGACUGAGGAGCGAUUGGCCUAUGGCAUAGAGAACAACAGUACUUUGCUGGAAUGUACCCCGCGAUCUUUACAAGCAAAAGUUAUCUGGUUUGUGCAGAAAGGACACGACACAAGAAAAGAGGAGGUGAAGACAGAUGACAGAAUGGUUAAAAUGGACCUCGGUUUACUCUUCCUAAGGGUACGCAAAGUGGAUGCCGGGACCUAUUUUUGCCAGACAGUAGAACACAGUUUUGUCCAUACAAUCCGUAAAAUCACCCUGGAGGUUGUGGAAGAGGAGAGAGUGGAGGAAAUGUUUAACAAAGACUACGAAGAGGACGGGCCUCACAAGAUGCCUUGUCCUGCUCAGAGCAGCAUCCCACAUUUAACAAAACCCUGGUACAAGGAAUUCUUGCAGCUGAUUGGUUAUAGCAACUUCCAGAGAGUAGAAGAAUACUGUGAAAAGGUAUGGUGCACGGAUAAAAAGAGAAAAAAGCUUAAAAUGUCCCCUUCCAAGUGGAAGUAUGCCAACCCACAGGAAAAGAAGCUCCGUCCCAAAGCCGAGCACUAUCGCCUACCUAGGCAUGUGCUGGACUCCUGAUGGGGCGAAACCAUCUACUGGCUUCUGAAGAAUUUAUAUUUAGAAACUAAAAAAAAAAAGAGAAAGAGAAACCA